AUGCAGUGGGUAGUCUUCUGCCUGACGGUCAUCUUCUCAGGGGUGGUGGCCCGUAGAUCCAGCCACCAAGGGCAAGAUCUCCUCUUGAUCAGACUGCGUCACCUUAUUGAUACUGUGGAUCAGCUGAAAAGUUAUGUGGAUGACUUGGACCCUGAACUUCUGCCAGCUCCAGAAGAUGUAAAGAGACACUGUGAGCGAUCAGCUUUUUCAUGUUUUCAGAAGGUCCAACUGAAGUCAGCAAACCCAGGAGACAACAAGAUCAACCUUUUAACUAAACAGCUGAUGAGGAAACUACCUCCCACAAAUGCAGAAAGAAAACAGAAACAGAGACUAAUGUGCCCCUCAUGUGAUUCUUACGAGAAAAAACCGCCCAAAGAAUUCCUAGAAAGACUAAAAUCACUCAUCCAAAAGAUGAUCCAUCAGCACCUCUCCUAG